AUGGACACCAGAGUGACAAAGAGGGAACAGUGGACGAAUAAAAGAGAAUAUAUCCUGGCAGCAGCAGGCAACGUGGUGGGCCUGGGCAAUGUGUGGAGAUUCCCCUACCUGUGUUAUAAGAAUGGAGGAGGUGUCUUCCUGUUGCCUUACUGUUUCUUUGCUGUGCUGUGUGGAGUGCCACUUUUCCUGAUGGAGACUGUGAUUGGUCAGUACACACAGGAGGGCGCCAUCUCCUGCUGGACCAAGCUCUGCCCGCUGGCACAGGGGGCCGGCUAUUCCAACAUCAUGAUCCAGCUUUAUUCCAGGACCUACACCAUCGUCUUGGCCUGGGCCCUCCUCUACCUCUUCUAUUGUUUCAGAGACCCUCUGCCCUGGACCACCUGCAACAAUCCAUGGAACACAGAUGAAUGUGUGGAUCUCACCUCUGCAAACUGGACUGCAAUACACAGUGGCAAUCUGACAGUAAAUUGGACAUCUGGAAAUCUCCCCAAGUCAUCGGUCUCUGAGUUCUGGAAUAGAGGAUUGCUCUCCAUGUCUGAUGGAAUAGAGGAGGUUGGCACAGUAAAGUGGGAGCUGCUGCUGUGUCUCCUGGCCUGCUGGGUGGCCUGCUACUUCUGCAUCUGGAAAGGGAUCCGUUUCACUGGAAAGGUGGUGUAUUUCACGGCGGUAUUCCCCUAUGUGAUGCUGACCAUCCUGCUGGUCAGGGGGUUGACGCUGCCGGGAGCCUGGAAGGGCGUGGUCUACUACCUGUAUCCAGAUCCUUCUCGCCUGGCAGACUUUCAGGUGUGGAUGGAGGCUUGCGCUCAGGUCCUCUUCUCCUAUGGUGUUGCAUCAGGAACCCUGAUCACACUGGGCAGCUACAACAAAGUCAACAACCACUGUUACAAGGACAGUCUGUGGUUGUGUUUGCUCAAUAGUGCCACCAGUUUCAUCUCCGGCUUUGCGGUCUUCUCGGCUCUGGGCUUCAUGGCCGACACACAGGGAAUUCCCAUUGACAUGGUGGUUGAAUCAGGUCCCGGGCUCGCGUUCAUCGUAUUUCCUCAGGCUGUUGCCAUGAUGCCCCUCCCCCAGCUGUGGGCCGCCUGCUUCUUCAUUAUGCUCAUUCUGUUGGGACUGGACACAAUUUUUGCAGGUCUGGAAACAAUCACGUCGUCAGUGAUUGACCUAUUCCCGGGACAGAUGCGCAGACCCUGGCGCAGAGAAAUCUUCCUCUUCUUCUUCUGCACCAUCAGCUUCAUCAUACAGAUCUCUCUCACCACUCAGGGAGGAAUGUACCUCUUCGAGCUGGUUGAUUACUAUGGUGCCAAUGGAAUAAGCAUCUUAUUUGUGUCUGUGGUCCAGUGUGUGGCUGUUGGCUGGGCUUUUGGGGCUGAGCGGAUGUGUGACGCAGUUGAAGUCAUGACAGGACAACGACCGUGGGUUUUCUUCAAACUGUGCUGGCGCUACUUCACCCCUCUGAUCUGCACGGUUUGCUUCGUCUUCUUCAUCCUGGACCUCAAGACACUGGAAACCAGCGGGGGCUCUGUGUACCCGGACUGGGCUUACUCUCUGGGCUGGGCCAUGGCCCUCUCCACUAUGGUUGCAGUACCCAUCUGUGCUGUGGGCAAGAUCUGCCUCACAGAGGGAACCCUAAGACAGCGUCUGAUGGCCCUGUGGCGUCCGGUCAGUGAUCCUCUUGGUCCCGAGACAAACAUAGAACACGUCCUGAAUGAAACUGAGAUACAACCGAUGUUAUGA